UAUGGAUUCAGAGGAAAAACUUAGUCAUUCCCUACUUAUCCCAUCUCAAGAGAAACAAGAGCAUUUCAAUAUUCAGGAUGGGAAGUUGGAAGACCAUGGAUUAGUUAAGAUGGGCAAAAUUCAGACGUUCUUUACUCUUCCCAAAGGGUUCAUGGGCACAGGACUUUUAUUCAUGCCUAAUGGGUAUAGUAAUGCAGGCUGGAUGUUUGGAACAGCUUCUAUUGUAGCAAGUAUGGUGAUCACUAUGGUCUGUGGCCUCUUGUUGAUCCAGGUUGCAGAUAAGUACAAAGGUACCUUCUCAGAACUAGGGUUCCUAGCUAUGGGUAAUCCAGGAAGAUAUAUCUGUGAUAUCGUUCUAGCUCUAUCUCAAGCAGGUUUUGUGACAGUGCAUAUUGUGUUUAUCAGCCAGAACCUCAACAACAUAUUUGAGUAUCAUUGGGGAUUUACUGUCAACAUUUGGGUGAUGGGGCUGGUCUUCUUUGUGAUAUACACUCCGCUUUGCUGGGUCAGGAAGAUACAGACACUCGGGAAAUAUCACACUUUUGGAGAUCUGACUGUGCUUCUUGCAGCUGGGAUAUUGAUCAUAAAGGCAAUAACUUUCUAUUUAGAGCAAGAUACUUUUGCAGAUGAUAUUAAGCCUUUCAAUCCAGAUAAAUAUUUGGUCUUUCUAGGGACAGCAGUAUUCAUUUUUGAAGGAGUUGGAGUAGUCAUUCCAGUGAGAGAUGCUUGCAGAGACAAAGAGUGUUUCCCCUUCAUUUUCAUAACCAUGAUGCUUUUCUUGAGUUGUGUGCUGAUCUUCUUCGGCUUCUUCAACUAUGCAGUGUAUGGAGAUCAACUCCUAUCUUCAGCUCCAAUGGUGACGAAAGUUUUGAGCAAAGGCGAUUUGAUAGUAGAAAUUGUAAUGACCCUCUUUGUAUUUAAUUUGGUGAUUUCGUAUCCUCUGGUUAUUUACCCCUCAAAUGUUAUCAUUGAAAGCUACUCUAUUGACAAAAUACCUCCAUCCAAAAGUAGAUUCUGGCUAAGAAAUCUCAGCAGAGCACUGGUAGUCUUCAUAACGUUCUUUAUUGGAAUUUACUUGGAGGACACUUUGGACAGAUUAUUAUCAGUAGUUGGCUCUCUAACCUGCACUCCAGUAGCCUUCAUAAUGCCAGCAGUGUUUCACUUACAGCUGGUAGCUGAAAGUAAAAUUGCAAAGAGAAUAGAUUACUCCAUCAUUGUAUUAGGAUUAACCCUACUGGUGUGAAUUACAUCAUAUACAAUCAUCAGUUGGGUUUAA